UUUAUGGCAGUUCCAGAGCAAAUAUGGGCAUUGCUUUAGCCACCUUUCGCCAUGUCGGUCACACUUCAUACCACAUUAGGUGACCUCAAAUUCGAGAUCUUCUGCGAGUCCACGCCCAAAACGGCAGAGAACUUCCUCGCCCUCUGUGCAUCCGGCAGAUACGACGGCAGCCCGUUCCACAGGAUCAUCAAGACAUUCAUCUGCCAGGCUGGAUCGCCCGCCUCGGACACCAAGCACAAGACGUCGCCGUCAAUCUACGACGGUGAACCGUUCGAGGAUGAGAUCAGACCGACGCUGAGACACAAUGCGAGAGGGAUACUGAGCAUGGCGAACAAGGGCCCGAAUACGAACGGCAGUCAGUUCUUCAUCACUUUCGCCGCUCAGCCGACUCUGGACGGCAAGAACACCGUUUUCGGGAAGCUGCUUGAGGGAGAGGAGGUGCUGGAUGCUAUAGAAGACCUUGAGGUAGACAAAAAGGGCCGGGCGAUCAACGGAAUGCCAAAGAUCACGAAAGUGACGAUUCAUGCCAACCCUCUUGCUGGCUGAGAGCCCGUACACGCGGACGCCGGAAUCUAGCGGUCUGAAAACGAUAAAACUGGCGAGUUCUACAAAAGACAUUUCAUCUGGAUCAAGAAUGCAAAAGCUUGGAUUACAGAUGAUGAAAUAUGGUGGCUCCGUCUACGAAUUACCGAGCAGGGGCACCGACGUCGUAGAUUAUUAUCAAAUUAUAGAUACUGGAUGCGAGCUGAGCCGGCUUGCCUUGCUUUAUAUUUUGUGGCAGCUGAAUCAAAUCCGAGAUAUCACUAUUGACAGG